UUAGUAGGUACUGUUUACCAUAGCCCUUUAGCUGCAGCUAGCCCUGCAACAUAGGUUUAUCACAGUCAUUUGUAGUUAUAAAAGCAACUAUUAAUUAGUGGAGUACGGACGAAUUACUUAGACCAAGCUAGCGAUGCGUUUAAUAUGUUGAUAUCGAAAGAAAAUCACAGUUAGCUGGGUUACAGGAACCGGUUAGCUAAGUGCUAAUCCGAGGUAGCAUUGCACUGGUGAUCUCUGGACCCUGAAUCCCCUUUUUAGAUCAAAACUUACCUUUAAUUACGUUUUAUUUUUAAACUAACCAGUCUACAAGAUUGGCUGCUGCUUUUUACGUAAAAAUGGACAAGUUUGUAGUGCGUCUUCCCAAGGGAGAAACACCUAAAAAAUCAAAAGGCACCGAAAAGGUUUACAGACAAACUACAAUUGAGUCUUUACGGAGGGUGGUUGUGAUUGAGGACAUCAUGCGCUAUAAAUCCAUGUUGGAGCUGCCAGAUCAGAGCAAAGACAACCUGCUGACCGCCUUAACAGAGCUGAACAAGAAGAUCCCGUCCAGAGAGGUGCUCAAGUCCACCAAGAUAGGUCACACUGUCAACAAAAUGCGGAAGCAUCUGGACCCCGAGGUGAGUUCAAUGGCAGCAAAGGUUUACACAGACUGGAGGACAUUCAUCGAGGAGAAUUCCAAUAAGCCGUCUAUUGAAGUGCGCUCCGACAAACAGUCUGAAGGACUCAGGAGCAACGCUAGAAGACUAAUGUCUGAGGCCCUGGAGGUCAAGGAGGAUUCUGGUCUUAUCGACAACAUUGAGAGAGAAGUGUUUCACCAGAGCUCCCGGUUAGUCAGCAGCUCAUACAGACGGACGGUUAGAGCGCUGGUGUUUGCCUUCAAACACAACCCGGAUAUCAGAAUUCAAGUGAAGGACAACACAAUAUCAGUCAACCAGCUGGUUUCUAAAUACAAGAAAUAACUGAUAAGGGAAUCGGGCUGAGCCCCCGACAAGUUUUUUAAACUUUUUUUCAAUUUUUCCUUGUCAUUUUCUUUAUUUUUUUGCAAAGAAGAUACA